AUGCGCUCGUUCUUCUGUUUUGCCGGCGCUCUCAUUGCAAGCCUGACGCCUGUCGUUGCUGCUCAUAACGAUCGCAGGCAAGACAACGCAACAGUCUCACGCCCAAAAGUGAUCCUUGACAAUGACUGGCCCACGACCGGAUUCAUUACAUACCUCCUAGCACUCAACGCCGGAUGGGAGGUCCUGGGCCUGGUUUCGGACACAUCCGACUCGUGGGCAUUGACCUGUGGUCUCCAUGCUCUGGCUACGCUCGAAGUGGGAGAUUUAUCAUGCAUUCCAGUCUAUCGAGGCACCGACUACCCAAUCCUCCGCCGGGCGGAGACUUUCCAGGUGUGGGAAAUGUUACAUGGAAAUCUGCCAUGGCAAGGAGUUUUCGCCGUCGAGAACAGCACGAGGGAGGCGCUUGGAAACAAUCCGACAGGAGGUGACCCAAACCGAAUCGUUCGAGGAGCUUUCAAGGAAGGCUAUCCCAACACGACAUUCGCUUCUGAGAUCUCCGGCGCCGAGUUCAUGGUGCAGCAGGUUCGGAAAUAUCCCGGCGAGAUCAGCAUCUACUCAGCCGGCGCUCUCACCAACAUCGCCCUCGCCGUCCGGAUAGAUCCCAAUUUUGCAAAGAAUGCCAAGGAGCUGGUGAUCAUGGGCGGCUACAUCGACGGCAACCUCCUUCAAACCACCGGCUCCAAACGUCUGGCCGACUUCCAAAGCGACAUUAACCUCAUGAUCGACCCAGAGGGCGCAAAGAUGGUGCUCUCCGCGGACUUUCCCAACAUCACCAUCGUUGGAAAUGCCGCGAACCAAGUCUUGAUCACGCAAGACUUUCUGGAUGAGCUCUACCAAGUCAAGACCCCUUACACCGAAUUGCUGAACGCAUAUUCCAGCCUUGGACAACCGUUCUGGGACGAGACGGCGGCGGCUGUGAUGGUGGAGCCUUCGAUUGUGCGGAAUAGCACGCGAUUUUUCGUUGAUGUCGAUACGAGCUUUGGUUCGCCGAGUUAUGGCAAUAUCCACGCUUAUCAACGGAUUCUGGCUCCAAGGGCUCAGCAGUUGCAGGAGGUGAAUUAUGUGCUGGAGAUUGAUGGAGAUGUGUUGAAGCAGCGGAUCAAGGAGAGCGUUCAGUAUCCGGCGAAGGUCUGUUCGCGUAAAGCAUGA